AUGGAAACCAUAGAACAAUCACAAGAUGUCAAAGGAGACAUUCCUUCAAUUCCUUUUUCACCACUAUACUCACCACCUACAAGUCCAUCCAACUCGAAACCAUUCCCUUCUGCUUCACAAACUACUGGUAGACCAAGGGUCAAUGCAUUAUCAGAUCUAAUAGAAAGUGAAAAGGUUUAUGUAUCAGAUUUGAAAACUAUAUUACAGCGCGUAACAUCCUGCUGGGACAUUGACAAUUUACCGCCAACAGAAAUAGAUAAAAUGUUUCGUUUAAUUGAAGGCAUUUAUAAACGAAAUAGAAAAUUUUGCACGGUCCCCGAGGAAACGAUUAAUGGAUGUUUAUUUGAUAAACUGACAAAGAAAUUAUUUUAUCCUUCAAAGUUGCCAAAAGAAGAAUUGUCAGAUUUGCUAAAUCCCAAUCAAAAAAUUGUUUAUAUAACAGUGACCAACUAUGUAACAAGAUAUGUUUCAUUGACUCUACAAGAACCAACAAGUUUACCGUCAUCACAAUCUAAGCAAGUUCUUCCUUCUUCUUUUACAGCAAAUCAAGCAACCUUAUUCACUUCACCACUCAUGGAAUUACCAUCACCAUCGUCAUCACCGCAGUCUCCUACGACCAUAGUAUCAGAAAUUAUUACACCAACGACAACAAAUAGCCACGUACAAAAAUUUGCCGAUUCCGUUGUUCCUGUCGAAUAUACUACUUCUAAUGCUGACUUAUUUACAUUUUCCACUCCAACGUCUUCAACUAUCGACUACAUUUCUACUUCUGGUACUGUUACACCUACUGGUACCACCACCGACACCAACACUCAUCUUUCAAUAACCACCGAUCAAAAUAAUCCUCAUACAACUUUGAGUGAAAAUCAAUUAAAAUCGAUAAUAGUCGGCAAGAAAUACAGCUCGACUUUAACUUCAUCAAAAGUAAAAGCAACAUCGAUACAAGCAACAACAACAACUAAUAUAAAAUAUAAUAUGGCAAGAAAGAAAUUAACAACUCGUUUAAAGGUUACAACAGCUUGUGGAAAUUGUCAAAAACGUAAGAUUAAAUGUUCUGGAGAAACGCCUUGUAGUUAUUGUGUUAAAAUAAAUAAACCAUGUUUACCUGGUAAGCCUGGUAAAAAACGUGGUCCUCCUCCUGGCACUGAAGUCAAUAAAAACCGUAAAAAGUUUAUUAAUACAAGUUUCUCUCAAUUCAACAAUUCUUAUCAUUAUCAACAACGUCAUGUUGUUAAUUAUUCUCCUGAUUGUGGUCAAGAUUAUGAUGACAUUAAUAUUAAUAAUAGUCUUGAUUCCAAUCCAAAUGAUCUUUAUGAUCAACAUCAUCACAUUUUUCAAUUUAACCAAUUGCCCAAACUGCCAAAAAAAUUUGCAGAAUACCUCCUUAGGAUAGGCAAUGGAACAGAGCCUACAAUUGAAAACAAUCUAAUUUGGCUCUCUGAUGAAAUGAUUGUUCAUCCACAAAAUGGCAAAGAUCCCAUUGAUCUGCUAAUAGAUACUGUUUAUCCUAAUCUCAUUGAAAAUUCUAUGAACAUUACUUUUAUGAUGGAAAGAGCAAAACUAACCCCAUUAAACAAUGAUGUUGAUGAAAUCAAUGGCUUUGAUUCAAUACCAGAAGACAAAACAAAUCUAUACCCAAUUGAAUAUCUUAAUUCCAUAACAUCUCAAGAAGACCAUCAAGGUAAAUGUGUAUUUACCCCUAGAAUUCUGCUUAUGUCAACAGAAGAUACCAGAUUACCUUUUGUUCUAAAAAGAAAGCAAUUCCCUGUAUGGCCAGCAUUUGCCUUGACUAUCAACAAAUCUCAAGGUCAAAUGCUACCCUAUGUUGACCUAUAUCUUCCACGGCCCAUUUUCUCUCAUGGACAAUUAUAUGUGACUAUGUCAAGAGUACAUAAAGCAUGUAAUCUCAAUGCAUUGUCAUCCUAUAAAAUAAGUUCGUCAUAUGAUAAGUUACAGCAAGGAACUGAUAGUAUUACAGAUAAGUUGAUUAAAAUAUCAUUUAUAAAUUCAAUUUUUACGAAAAAAUUUAAGAAUUGA